CAAAAACAGAUUUUUCUCAAAUUGUAGGAUAACUACAAAUCCAAACAAUAAUUUUAAAUAAACAAAUUUGACUAAGAACUAGAAUAGCUUUGAAAAAAAUACAAAAUACCUCAUAAACAUGAUUGUUCCGAAGAAGAAGCCAACUGUAGAUCUCGCUACAGUUCGUUGCCAGAAAUGUCUUGAUUAUGGUCAUUAUACAUACGAAUGUAAGAACAAAAGAAAAAUACUCAUUCGAGAUUCGAGAACAAAAAUUUUAAAUAAAAACUUGACAAAACCGCAAUCAAGCAGCAAAGAUACAGUUCGUUCAGAUUAACCUGUGAACAAAAAAGCUAAAAGAGCAUCAUCAAAAUCGAGUUCUUCUUCAAGUUCCACCAGCAGUAGUUCUUCUUCUAGUUCUUCAAGCUCAAGUGAUAUCAGUGACAGUGAAAGUGACUCUGAUUCAAGUUCCAGUUCAAGCUCAUCAGAAUGAAAGAUUCUAAAAGAAACACAGAAUUCACAAUAAACGAAAAUAACCGGCCUGGAAGUUUUUGUGGACUUACACACACAUUAAAACUUUUUCAUCAUUUAUUAGUGUUAGUUAACCUUAUAAGUUUGUAGCCGAACUUCAGUUUCACACUUAGUUUGAGAAAAAAUUAUAAAAAAUUUGAUAAGUUUUAAAAUUUAAUAAAAAAAAUCUGUAUAAAUUUGUA